AUGGAGCAAGAAAUCUUCAAAAUAUGUCCCUAUAAUCCAAACCACAGGGUGCCAGCCUGCAGAUUACAGUACCACCUGGCAUCAUGUAAAAAGAAAAAUCCAAAGAUAGCAAAAAAGAUGACCAGCUGCAAAUACAAUGCUUGCCAUGUGGUACCAAUCAAAAGACUCAAGGAGCAUGAGGCCACCUGUGUCAACAAAAGUGCUGUAGAUGAUGAACCAUUUAAUUUGCUAAAGAUAAUUUCACCAACUUCUGAGUCAAAUACAAAAUCUAAUGAUGCUAAUCAGAUCCCUGAUGCUGAUACAUGGAACAUAGAUACCAUGCAUCAUUCUUCAUUUGUUCUGAAAACAUUUGCUCCACAAAUGCUGAGUUACCAGCAGAGUGAAUCAAGAAAAGAGCUACGCUUCAAGCUCAAGUCUAGAUAG